AGCUUUCAUUUAACCCUCAAGUCCUUAACUCAACUUAAAAAACAUAUUGGUUAACAUACAAACAUAUUGUCAAUCUAUAACGCAUCUUGAAAUUCUUCAUCAUGCCUAGGGUUCCGUUCAGCAGCUUUAAUCUCCUUCUUCAUCUCAGGAGAGGAUACAAAGUAGCAGCGGAGAAUAUAGGACGACGGCCUGUUACUUCCAAUAUUAGGAAGGUGGCCGAGUCUUCUUCUUCUUCUUCUUCAAACAAUAUUGAGAAAAGCGUAGGGAAGGAGAUAUUUUGGAUGAGAGAUCCCAAGACUGGAAACUGGAUCCCAGAAACACAUUUCAAUGACAUCGAUGCGGCGGAGCUACGACAGAAGUUUCUAUCCUCCAAUAGAAAAUUCACAAUGCCAAAGGCAUAGCGCAGCCUCCAUAUUUAUAUAAGUAGUAUAUUCUAAGGUUUCUCCUAAUAUAUGUUGUAUUUAUAGCCUUAGCUUUCCUCCAACUUUGCUUGAAAUAAUAGAAUAAAAAAGUUUGUCCAUUAUUAUGAGGGUUAGCUUUGUUGUUUGGAUGUUCCAAUUCAUGUAUUAUAUUGCUAAUACUUCGCAUUGCUAUUUCAUAUUUUAUUCCAUAUAAAAUAAUACAUGUA